AUGGCGGCGGUGGCGGCGGUGGUGCUGCUGCUGCUGCUAGCGGCAGCGGGGCCGGGGCGGGCGCGGCCGGACGUGCUGCGGGAGGAGCUGCUGCUGAGCCCGCUGCCCGCCGGCGACGUGGCCGCCACAUUCCAGUUCCGAACGCGGUGGGACGCGGACCUGCAGCGGGGCGCGGUCUCUCACUACAGGCUGUUCCCGAAGGCACUGGGACGGCUGGUGGCAGCACUGGGUGUACGGGAGCUCCACCUUGCCCUCACCCAGGGUUUCUGGCGCACCCGGACCUGGGGGCAGCCACCCCUCCAAGCGCCUGCUGGUGCUGAGCUCUGGGUCUGGUUCCAGCCCACCGUCACCGAUGUUGACAAAGCCUGGAAAGAACUGAGUAAUAUCCUCUCAGGAAUAUUCUGUGCUUCUCUCAACUUCAUUGACUCAACCAACACAGUCAUUCCAACAGCAUCCUUCAAGCCCCUGGGCUUAGGCAAUGGUACAGAUCACCAUCUCCUGCGAUACGCUGUCCUGCCCCGGGAGGUCGUCUGCACAGAGAACCUCACACCAUGGAAGAAGCUGCUCCCGUGUGGCUCAAAGGCUGGGCUUGCUGUGCUGCUGAGGGCUGAGCGCUUGUUCCACAGCAGCUACCACUCACAGGCAGUGCACAUCCGCCCCAUCUGCAGGGAUGCCUCUUGCCUGUCUGUGUCCUGGGAACUUAGACAGACCCUCACUGUGGUCUUUGACAGCUUUGCCAGUGGCCAAGGAAAGAAAGACUGGUCCCUCUUUAGGAUGUUCUCUCGCACGCUUACCGAUGCGUGUCCUCUGGCAUCGCAGAGCAAAGUCUAUGUUGACAUCUCUCCUAAGAACAAGGUAAUGCUCACAGACCAGAGAAGACCCCCUGCUCCCUCAGUUCAGCCACUUUGUGUGGCUCUGAAACAUCUCACCUCCAUCUCCUGCAUGGCCAGGCCCCCCACGAGCCCUCCAGGGCUCAUGAAGGGAAGUGGUUUUCUUCCUCUGAGCAAGGCUGCAGGGAUGAGCGUGGUGGUGUUAACAGCACUGAGCUGGCUGUUGGGUGGGAAGGGUCAGGGGCAGUCAGAGGGUCUUUGCCCAGCAUUCACAGUUACUUUGAGGGUCAUUUUUAUCAUCCAUUUGCUUUCUCAGGAAAAGGAGUUACUAGAAGUCACCCCACCUCCAGUAUCUCUAUACGAAGCUGUUGUCCAGGGCGAGAAGAGAACCUAUGCUGUCUAUGACCUGCUCAGCCCCUCGCUCUUCAACACAUCUCGCAGCCUCAACGUGCAGCUAAAGUGGACACGGCCCCAGGACACCUCGGAGCUGCCCACACCUGUCCUCCAUGCUCACCGCUACGUGAGUGGGUACGGGCUGCAGACCGGGGAGAUCAGCACCCUGGUGUACAACACCCACCCCUACCGUGCCUUCCCUGUCAUCCUGCUGGAGACUGUGCCCUGGUACCUGCGGCUCUAUGUGCACACUCUGACUAUCAUCACCAAGGGGAAGGAAAACAAGCCAAGUUAUAUCCACUACCAGCCAGCCCAGGACCGGAGACGGCCUCACCUCUUGGAAAUGCUGAUCCAGCUGCCAGCCAACUCCAUCACCAAGAUCACAAUCCAGUUUGAGAGGGCCUUAUUGAAGUGGACAGAGUACCCACCUGACCCCAAUCAUGGCUUUUAUGUUGGUUCUUCGGUGCUUAGUGCCCUGGUUCCCAGCAUCAUUGCAAUGAAGGAAGUGGACAUGGAGCAGAGCCCUCUCUUCACCUCACUGUUUCCCUCCUCGGAUGGCUCCAGCUAUUUUGUGCGCCUGUACACGGAGCCGCUGCUGGUGAACCUGCCGACGCCAGAUUUCAGCAUGCCCUACAACGUCAUCUGCCUGACCUGCACGGUGGUGGCCGUCUGCUACGGCUCCUUCUACAACCUGCUGACCAGAACGUUUCACGUGGAGGAGCCGAGCCGGGGCAGGCUGGCCAAGCAUCUGGCCAACAUCAUCCGCAAACUCAGAGGGGUGCCCCCGCUCUGAGAGAAACCAGGGCUGGCCACGGGGCUCACUGGGGAGACUUGCUGCGUCACGUCCCUCCCCGUUUUGCUGCCUGGAUCUCUCUUCAGGAUCCAACUAGCUGAGAGAUUGCUGCCAUUGUUGAGAUGGGGAAUGUCUCUAAGCCCGUCAACUACUG